UGCAAUCAGUCAGCCAGCAGCCCAUCCAGUCUGUGUCACCUAAUAACAUAUUAGGCCGCUACCAAAACAAAAGCAACCGGUUUGCAGCGCUGGAGACCAGGUCAUCUCAUCCCCAAACUUCAGCUCUCUUAGCAUUCAAAACUUCAUUGUUGUGAGUUUCGCCCGUUGCAUAAAGGCUUUUGAUGCCAUGCGGACUUUAAUGUGAUAUGCAAAACUGGCAGGCCACUGAACCCAUUUCAUAUGCAUUCAUUUGUUGAGAAUAUUAGUCCCAAAUCAUAAAUAGCUAGCUAAGUUACCACUCACUUGUGAAUUCAAAAGCGGUUACGAACAUAGAUAUAUACAAAAUGCAAAAUGAGAUUAAAAAUUAUUACUCAUGAUUUUACAAAAUGACUAAAGCUCAGUUAUUUUAUAUUUGAUAAACUAAAAUGUUUAAUCAUAAGUAAGAGGUCUCAGUUUUUCUUCGAGUGAAUAAAGCUCCAUCAAACUUUCAAUCUCCUUGUCGACAGCGAAAUGAUAGUGCACAAUAAACCAAAGAGCAUGAUCCGUGUGCAAGCCAGCCUGAUUCCCACGCGAAUGUGUCAGUCAUGAACGGUUUAUUCACCUCCUUAAUUGUGAUGGUGUCCUUUUCGAAAGCCGGAAGCAAUCUCCUGGCUGUUGGCCUGCAUUUCCUCAUUUCUACGCCAGUGGGUUAGUGGUAUCCACACGGAGACCCAAUGCAAUGAUAGCCCAUGCUCCGAGAGCCGGGCCAGAGUCAAAAACCAGUUUGGGACGCUAAAGAGCGGGUCAGCCCCCGCUUAAGCUCUCUUAGCUGUUUUGUCUGCUGGCUCUGCUGCCGAAAAUCGAGCUAGCCAUUUUGCACAUUCGCCAAUUGGGCUUGGGAGUCUGAAGCGGUCGCUUGGUGUCUAAACAACGUAGUCGCGCUUGCCCAACCCAGUAUCAGCUAAAUUCGCAGCCAAGAUGUGUGAUUAGUAGUGAGUGUGUGACACAAACUGCAGUGAUUCCAACGAAAGGUCAGUGGCUCAUCGACCACUCAAGUGAUCCCCCCGCUCGCAAUGAGAUUGAUCUGGCUGCAGCUCCUGGCUGCUGGGGUUGCUCUCUACCUGGCAAACUGUUGUGCAACGGCCGCCAAGGCAUCCACAAGCCGCGGAGUUGCACAAUACAAGCUACCGCUCCCUGCUCCAUUGCCAGACCACGAAUCUGUGGCGGUUUCAGGAGCGGAUCAGGCAAGGCGACAGCAGCAGGGAGCAUCCAACCAGCGGAGGCGCACUCAGGUCGUGCGGCGGCGCAGGCCCGCUUCUACAACAACAACUCCAUCCACCUCAACCACAACGACAACCACAUCGACAACAACUACAACGACGACAACAACAACUCCGCGUCCCAGCCUGGCCAACGGCUUCAACUUCUUUAAUCGGAACUUCUGGAGUUUCGGCCAGCAGAGUCUGGUGGCAGUGCGUCCGCCCACCAAGCAGGUCCAUCCGCCGAAAAAGUUUAGUCCCAAGGAGGAGAAGUCCGGCCAACGAAAGGUGGCCAAGACCACUAGGAAACCGAUGGGUCAGAGAACCAGCACCACUAGUCGAAGCACAACAACAACUAGCACCCAAAAACCCACCACGGAUGGACCCUUUCGCAUUGCACUGCCCACCUUGAACUUCCCACGCGACAACCAGGAUAACAGCAGGGAUAGGGAAACGGAGAAGGACAAGAGAUCGGCUGCCGAGCUGCGCUUGAGGUUCGAUUGCCCGCGGGAGAACGAGGUGAGGUUCCAGCUAUUCCCCAAGAUCUGCAAGGCGGAUCGGGACUGUGCCGUGUGGCAACGGGAUGAGCUGUGCUGUGAUAUCUUUGGAGCAAGCAGCUGUGUCUCUGGGGUUCCAAAGCCGCUGGAGGAGACUCCACAUGCUCCCAUCCUGGGCUUGAUACCUCGCAAGUGCCCGAGUAGACCGCUGGCCGAGCUCUGGUGGGACGUCCAGGAGUGCUCCACGGACAUGGACUGCUGGCCAAGGGUCUGUUGCCCGGAUGGGCGUAGGAGAUACUGCCGCACCUCGCAGCCGGAGUUGGAAACAGCUCCAGUGCCAGUGAAGCGAUCCUUCGACUAUCUUACGGAGUACCUGGAGUGCACGGCCCCGCCGCCGCCCAUCUUUGACCUUCAUCCGAAGGCGUGCACCUCCACCCUGGAUUGCUUUCCGAACGUGUGCUGCCAGGAGGCGGGACUGCGCCACUGCCGGCCGCCCAAGAAGUCCGUGCUCACACUGAUGGCCAACUUUCUCAACGUGGACUUCGUGAAGCGACUGGCACAGAAUAUCGUUAUCAAGUAGGGCGCACCGUGAAUUUCCCAGUAUAUUUCAACGUGCGUCGAGCACCUUCGACAGAACCAUUUCGAAACCGCCGUGAAUCGCCCGUGUUUGCUUGGCCACGCUGAUAACCAAAAAGAAGAUAUGCCCACACCCAUACCUUUCAUAUACGUACAUAUGUAUGUACCUUUGUAUACUGCGCACCCCAUCCAUUCGUAAUCCUCCAUUAAGUAAUGUUCACCUAGCCUAGUAUUAGACCUAAGCUGCAUUCGUAGGCUAGCAGAGUAACAAGAUAUGUAUGUAUAUAUACGAACCAUAAACUCCAA